AUGACUCAGUCAACUUCUCACCGUCGUUCUCCCUCUGCUCCUCAUACAAAGUCCAAAUUGUCUCGUCCUGCUUUACAUCGGAGAGGCACUUCAGCCCUCAACGUCUCCAUCUCUAAGCUGGGUGCUGGUUCGGCUUCGGGACAUACUCGUGCGAGCAAGGACGACGACGAAUUCGAUAUGGCCGCUAGUUUCCUCAACUUCUGUGCCAUGUGCGAAAACCAAAUUACCGUCCCCAACAACUCCAUCCUCUAUUGCAGUGAAAGCUGCCGCCGCAAAGACUCCUGCAAACCUCUCUCCGCCUCACUACCAUCAAUGUCUAACAUGUCCUCAAUGACCACAACACCCCCUCACUCCCCCCCUCUCUCCCCACGCACAAUCGUGGCCCCCAUGACGCCCACUCGCCCCGUCCCAGGCCUCCGCAUACCCGAGAACAACCACGACGGCCGCUCAGAUCUUGACCCCACCGAAUGGAAGCCAGUAUUACUGUCCUCCCGCUCAUCCACCAGCCUAGCCUCCUCCGACGCCUGGAACUACCUCUCCCAGUUCCACGGCGGCAACGAGGCCCUCCUGGCUCGCCGUGCCGCUCGCAGCACCUCCAGCCUCCCCGCCCUGGUCGGCGGCACUGGAGUCCACGGCGCCACCGUGCCCCCAUCCCUAACCAACACGCCCUCCACCGUCGCCAGCUCCUUCAGCAGCACGGCCUCGGACGACCACGAGCUCGGCCUCAUGUACAGCGUUACCUCGGGUGCCGGCUCGGUCCACCGCCCCCUGCCUCCCCGUCACAACCCCUACUUCGGCAGCAUGACGGCCAUGAACAAGAGCAAGGGCGUGGACUUGGUGGUUCCGCAUCUGGGACCCGUCGCUCACGACGAUGUGCCCGUGGAGGUUGUGGAUAGUGCGGAUGUCUGGGAAGAUGCGCAUGAGAACCAGCGUGUGCUGAAGACGGCGCCGAUUUCAAUGGUGCAGAGCGGCGGGUCCGCGCGUCUUCGUUCCGCUUGA